AUGGCAAACCUGACACUGAUAUUAGUGGAUGGGGCUGUCGGGGCAAACACAGAUGAAGACACGUGGCCCGACUACGCCUUCGUAUUGUCAGGCCUCUAUCUGACCCUGGUAUUCAUCGUGUCCUUACUCGGGAACAGCAUCAUAUUGUUUCUCUUUGUCUGGGAUCGCCACCUGCGGACGCCGACCAACAUGUUCCUGCUCUCGCUCACGAUCACCGAUUGGCUCGUCACGAUCGCAGGCAUCCCUUUCGUGACGUCAUCGAUAUACGCGCACCGCUGGCUUUUCGCCCACGUUGGUUGCAUUGCAUACGCUUUUUUAAUGACCUUUCUUGGCCUAAACGCACUCAUGUCGCACGCUGUGAUUGCCGUCGAUAGAUAUCUUGUCAUCACAAAACCGCAUUUCGGCAUAGUGAUCACGUACCCAAAGGCCUUCAUCAUGAUCUCAAUACCCUGGAUUUUCUCGUUCGCCUGGGCCGUGUUUCCACUAGCCGGUUGGGGCGAAUUCGCCUACGAGGGAACAGGCGCUUGGUGCAGCGUCAGAUGGGAUAGUGAUCACCCGCGGGUCAUGUCGUACGUUCUCGGGAUGAUGUUUUUGACGUUCGUUUCCAGCAUUGUCGUGAUGGCAUACUGCUAUGCCUGUAUCUUUCUCACGAUGUGGAGGAUGCCGAAAUUGGGAACGUCUAACAGCAUCAAGACACACGAGAAGAACAGAAGGAGAAGAGAACAGAAGUUACUGAAGACACUCGUCGCCAUCGCCAUCGCUUUCCUUGCAGCCUGGUCGCCGUACGCCAUAACGUCGAUGAUCGCCAUGUUUGGUCAUCCUGAAAUGCUCACUGUGACAGAGACCACUCUUCCUUCUCUUUUCGCCAAGGGUAGCGUAAUGGUGAACCCAAUCAUCUACGCUAUCACUAGCGUUGUGUUCAGGAAAAGCUUCAAGAAGAUGCUUACUUCAUUCUUCCCUGGAUACGUGUCUUCAAAGUCGAGAAAGAGUACCCCUAGCUCAUCGAAAAGGACCGUGCCGUUCUCAAGUGACGACAGAAUAAAGAAAGACGACCAGACAAGUUCGGUGCUUAUACCGGGGACCACUGAGAUUUGUGCGGCAACCAUUCCCGUUUCAAGACCCGGCAGCGUGCCUGAAGUCAUCGUUCAGCCAAGCGGUAAAAGAGUAUCCGCAGCCAUCGAAAUGGAAAGAUUAAACAAGCUUUUGCCCGGAAAACACAAGAAAGGGCGCCCUCGUUUUACAGGUAGACGCGAAUCUGAUGUUACUAUACCUGACACUGGAUACAAGACAAUAAACCAAGAAACAGUCAUAGACCAACUGCACUCACACGAGAGCCAUAUCUCAGAGACGGAAGAAGGCACCAUUGAAGAAAUGAGCGAACAUCCUCAUCGGGAUUCGGUGACUUCAAAUAAAUGUUCUUUAGAACUCGAUCAUAUCAUUGAUGGCAUUCACGGAAAGUAUGCCGGAAUAAAACAAGACAUGGAUGCGGAAGAUGAUACAAACUGUGACGAAAGUCAAGAACUUCCCGGAAAGGAAUCGCAGACACAGAGUAAGUUGGAAGAGACCUCUAGCGCCAUAAUGCAUUUGGAGGAAAAAGAAAACAGAAGGGAAAGGCACGUGAAAGCAGUGAUAGACAAUGAUUAUAACUCUCAAAGUAGUAUGAAUGUGGAUAGUGGUGUUUUUGAAACGAGCUCCACUUACAGCACAGCAAUUAAAUCACCGACCAACGAAUAUAGGAAAACAGAGACUGAAAUAUAGGUUCGCAUUAUAGUAUUUUAUAAGUUAUUAUGCAUAUGAUGAUUAUACUGUCAAGCAAAAUUAACAAAUUAUGUCUGUUAAAGUAUGGCUGAUAUGUGACUUUGCUCUCUUUGGCUGUAUUAUGUAUUGUUAGAACUCGUAACGAGCAAACUCGUAAUUGAGUCCACGUUAAGUUUCCAUGAUAAUAUUUUUUCGUCAUGGUCGAUAGCAUUUUCAUUCACCAAAACCUGAGUUGAGGUGCCGUGGCCGAGUGGCCUAAGGCGCCUGGCUAUACAUGGAAAGUCCGGGGUUCGAUCCCCGGCCACGGCACCUAUGCCCGUGAGCAAGGCAUUUAAUCUACAAUGCUCUUUUACCCUGCUUUCAAAUAAAUGGAAAUGCUAUAUGCAUUAUCGGAAACUAGAUGUGCACUUGUUUAAAAAAAAAACAAUAAUAAUAAUAAUAAUAACCUACAUAAUUAUCAAUACAAUGUUCUUACCAAAGAACGUAGAGGGUGUCAACACUUUUCAGUAUCCUUGCAAAAUGAUGAGGCCCUCUACGUUCGUAGAUGUUAGUUUCAAGAAUCUUGUCCAAUGGUAUCACAGGCCUAAAUAAUUCCCCAUAGACUCGUGUGUUAAAGUGGCACAAAAAUCAUAACAAGUAAGGAGGAAAUUGGAAGGUUGAAUGUUAUUAUUAUUAUUCAUUCGACCAAUAUAAAAAGUACAUACACAUUACAUCAGAAAAUAACAAUUACAGUACAUGAAAAUGCAAAAAAAUGCGGGAACGGCAUGUGGGUCAGGGGGCACAAAAGCGAACCAGAAAAGGGUAUUUCGACCGGCUCAUUUCAAAAAUAAAUCGGCAUUUAUGAAAACUACACCUGACAGGAUCAAAUUCAUUACUUAAUGAUACGCGCCGUAUAAGCUAAAACAACAACAGCAAAUUCAUCACUUGAGAGAGUAAAAGGACCCUAAUUCUUCCGCCAGUAAAAAAAAAAAUUGUUCCAAAGUGGUGACAUAUCUUUCCAAUUUGGAAAAAGGAAGUUCAGUAGGUACACUCCCUAUAAUCAGUGCUAGAUUUUCAGUGAUAUUCAUUCAUUUUUUGUCAAUCAGCAAUAUCAAAUUUAAAAAUUGAGAAUGGGUUGGCUCGAAUUAAUAUCUUUUGCCUGCCAGUUGUAAUUAGGCCCGCGUAACCUCAAGAAUCUGGUCCAAUAUGCUACAGUCAUACUGCAAGGUCAUACCAACGAUACCGAUUUGUAUGACAUCGGUAUGUAAUAGUUUUCUUUUUCGGUCUAGAGUUGGUUUCGUUGGUGUGUAGUGUUACUUUAGAAUAAACUUCUUCUUCAAUUG